GCGAGGACACCUCUAGUUUCUAAGUCAGGCAUAUCAACCUCUUGUCAGGUAUAUCAAUCAAUCAAUCACUCAAGUAUUUACAGAAUAUUUCGCAUCAAUUCUACUCUCAAGUAUUUUAAAUUAAUCCAUCAAUCAAUCAAGUAUUGUAAAUAUUUCAUCAAUCAAUCAAUCAAUCAACGUGAAUUCUACUCCGUGAAAGGAAGAAAAUGUCCUCUUCUCCGUGUUGUUUUCCUCUCCUUCUGCUUGCUGGGGCAGCAGUCCGUCUCCUGUGGUUCUCACUGCUACGACCGGGCGCAUUGGAAGAUGAUCCAGAACUGGUUUCGCCGGUCUCUUCCCAUUUGAGACUGCAGGAAACAGCUUUUUUAUACGACUUUUUCCGUAGUGCUGAGCCGACUGGCGCUGGAGGUAUCGAUGCAGGUGCUAUGCGAAGACUGUAUUUAAGGCAAUGCUCCGAAGACAGUGAUAGAUUACACGUAGUUGUACCACUAACUCAUUAUAACGUAAAGACGGAUCAUCAAAGACGUGGAAGUAACAGAAAGUAAAAUGAUCCAGCGAUCAGUAUGUAGUAGCACUUCUACAAAAAGGUCCACCUCCAAUACCAUUGCCCCACCAGAAUGCAAACUACUUGCCACCGAUCGCUUUCGUGCUGUUGCGACCAUUCGUUGGGGGACUGGCGUACUGGACGCUAUUGCUGUUCGUCGACCUGGCGAUCGCUUUUAUCAUACGUGACCUGGCCAAGGCUAGACAGAGAACAGAGGACCCUGAAGAGGGUUCUACUUCCAGGAGCUGCAGCUCGAAAACAUAUUCAAAUCCCGACAGCAUUCCAAGUCAUCUCCUAUCCCCGAGCGCCGUCGGACUCGUGUAUUUUUUCAAUCCCUGGGUUGCUGCAUCGCAUAACGCGCUGUCUCUUGGGAAUGUGCAUGUUUUGGCGCUUUUGUUACCAAUAGUUCUCGCUUUACGCGGUCGCAACUUUGUCGCAUCAGCAGCCGCAUUUGCCAUCGCUCUAUACCUGAUACCAUUCACAUCAGUGAUACUGUUGUGCCCUCUAGCCGCACUCAGUGCUGCUGCAGCUGCGCAAAGUAGACGGAAUAAAAGUAGAAAACAAGAGCCCGUCUGGUCAGGAGACGACAACAAGAACGAGAACAUUACUAAAAAUCGUGCUACUUUGAUAUCGUCCUUGUCUACCCGUAACGAACAUGUUGAGGCAGUGGCGCGGGAUAGGAACCUUGUUACCCUUGAAACUGCAGGAGAGCGUUUAAAGGUAGUGGCUGAGAAGGAAUGGGCGAUGAAAUCUGGCGAGGACAAGAAAAACUCUAGUGCAGCGGAGUCUACGAUCAACGAAAAAACCAAGGACGACAUAGGAGACAAGAACACCACAUUUAUUUUCUCUCUACCACACGUGUAUGCACCUCUCUGGUCUCAAGCAUCUUCGUUCCGACCCUUCCUGAACGAAAACGCUCUCUUCUUCCGCAUGCUUUUUCUCUACACUAUCACAACGGCUUUGGUUUUUGUUUUCUUGCUGCACCUCUCAGCGCGUCUGUGCGGCGGCAGCUGGGCUUUUCUGCAUUCGUCGUUUUUCGCUCUAUUACGAGUGGAAGAUUUAUCGCCAUCUCUGAGCGUCUUCUGGUAUAUGUUUCAGGAAGUAUUCUUGCAGUUCCAGAACUUUUUUCUGCUGGUUUUCCAUGCUCACGUGCUGGUCUACGUACUACCGCUGCACAUGUUACGUAUGAUUGGAAGAUUCUUCAAUGAAUGAAUGAAUGAAUGAAUACGAGAGUUUUGAAUAUAAUUUGAUCUGACGAGAUCAGCAGCUACUUAGGCAUGACCUUAUGAAUGACUGUGGUGUUGAAGAACAUCGUUUCAUGAUACACUCAGCCGAAUGGUUUUCGGUUCAGCAUAAUGAGGCUGAUUAUUCUAGAUUCCUCCUGGGCAGAAUCAGAAAGGUCGAUAGCAAUUUCCCUUCACCACUCUGUUGAAGAACAUCGUUUCAUGAUACACUCAGUUCUCCUGACUACCCCGUUUCAUCGUCUUCUCGCUGGAUUACCGUUCUUCAACGUUUGGCCCGUUGGCGAAUUGCGUAGCCUCCUUCGGACUCGUGGCACUUUUUCGACCCUACCCGACUGUCGUAGAUUUCAGCGCUCUAGUUGCGCUCUACUGCGUUUUUGCCGACUACGUCUUUCCGGUGCCGCACUUGCGGCGAUUGCGGACAAGGGUUUUCAUCCUGGCAAAAAACGACAAAACCUACGUCCCACUUCGUUUUCGGGAAGACCUUACUUUCUUCGAAGUACAAGAACUUCUGGUAGAACAGAUAUCGAGAGUAAGUAGGUCCACGACUAAGACGCCAAAAAUAAAUGAAGUAGCUGAAAAUGUACAUGAACCUAGGGAAGAGGAAUACAGCCCAAGUGGAGAGCCAAUACCUGCGCCAUCUGAGGUCGCUGUAGAUGACGAAGACACAAAAGAUAAAGACAAGAUGAAUAGUAUCGAAGUUGUAGGAAGGACCAGCGACACCUCUUCCUCUUCGAAGUCGAAUGAUACUAGCAUUUUCUCAGACCACGAGGAUGUGCAUGCUUCUAGUACAACUACCGGAAACCACAACACCAGUACUAGGGGAGCAAAGAACAAGUUUAUGAAUCCACAGACGCGUCUGGUCCUCGAGCUUGCCUUUGCGCUAUUUGGAUUGACGAUGUACCCCGUGAUGAGUGCGGUGUGGCUAUUCCGCAACACAGGCAACGCGAACUUCAUGUUUUUCAUGCAGCUGGUGUAUCUCAUUGCAACCAGUCUCUCUCUCCUAGAUUUCAUAUGCAUGACGCACCAAGCUCAAAGAAUAGUGCUCCCAUGCUUUUAGAAGACGCGACGAAUAACUUGUUAUUGCCUGAUUCAUAACGUGUUAUGGCCUAGAAUAGACGGAUCCUACGCUGCAG